CUCCGAUCCAGUGCUGUUCGUGCUGCCCAUAAUCGUAAUCAAGCCUUCUCUUUAUUAACCUCUCUGUUACAAAUCUACGAUCAGGGAUUCUCAGAAGCUCCUGACUAUCCUGGUAUAAUAAGUUUCGAGAACUUGUGCAGAUAUGGAAGAAGAAAAGAAACCGGAUGAAUCAGUGUCAAUUAAUAAAGCUCAGUCUAGCCCAUGCAUCAUCUUCUUUUAUGAAAUGAAGAAGCAAAGAUAUCAAACCUUCUUCAAUCUUUCUAAAGGAUGUUAUAUUCGGAAUAUUGAACAGAUGCAAAAUGGCAUGUGUUUUCCAACUCCUCAGGGAUGGAUGCUAAUUGUUCACCCACACGGUAAACACUGUUGCUUAUUUGACCCUCUCACUAUGUCGAAGAAAAACCUACCUUCCCUGCAACAGGAAGCUAGUCCUGUCACCAACCUUAUCUGCACCUUAUCCUCUUCUCCAACAGAUGAAAAUUGCACGGUAUUAUGCGCUGACAUGGGGAAAAGAUUACUCUUCUUCUAUCAAGAUGGAGAUACAAAAUGGACUCUUUACAAGUACAACCUUGGAGAUAACUAUCUUUCAAAUGUUGCAACUUGUGAUGGAAAGUUCUAUGGUCUUACGUUGCAAGAUAACUUUGCAACAAUUGAUUGCUCCCCAAACCCUCGAAUAAAUAUAUUGGAACCAUUGAAUAUUCAUUGGCCCGUUGGGGCUUCUACAAGAAUAUCAUACCUGGUUGAAUCUUGCGGCGAGAUGUAUUCAGUUGAUUGCUUUAAAAGGGCUCACAAAUCAAAUAAAACCACGCAUAUUUCGGUCAAGAAGAGAGACUCGUCGAGACAAGCAUGGGAUACAGUUUACAGUAUUGGCGGGAGGGUGAUCCUAUUAGGAAGCGAAAAUUCUUCAGCGUCGUGGUCUGCGAGUGAACUUGGCGUCAAGGGAGAUUGCAUAUAUUAUGUAGAAACUAAUGAUAAGCGCGUGUAUUGUUUCGACCUGGAGGAAGGAUGCACAUCAGUUCAUAUGGCUUGCUCUCGUCUUCAGCCCUCGGGACUUACACCCAUGUGGAUAUUGCCUGCAUCAUAAGUGAUGUCGUCGCUAGUUUCGUGUCAUUAUGGGUUCUAUUUUGUAUUGCUUACAUUAAUUAUGACCUUAUAAAGUGCUAUUUCGCAUUGAUU